AGGUAACGUAUGUGAUAAUAUAUUAAUAUAGGUGACCAUUUUUGAAAGGCUGUAAUGUUUUUUGUAGUUUAGCUACUUGUAUUUGAAAAUUGGGAGAACGCCAGAAAAAUCUUACAAGCGCCAGUAGAAGAUGCGAAAUUCCAUGGAAGAUGGGCGGGGCCAGGAAUUACAGCCCAGUAAAGUUCCGCCCUUGCAGCAUUUUAACCAAUGAAAAUCCAAGAACCUCCCCCAGGUACAUGGCAGGUCGACCCAAUACCGGAAAAAGGUCAACAGUCACCGGAUUCAAAAUGGCGGCCCCCUUGUGUCACUUUUACCAGGUAUAUUUAAGAAGAUACUCUUUGGCAGUCCCUUCAUCUUUCUUACUGCUGCACAACAGAGCAAAUGUCUUCAGAAUACGGAGCAUUCUCAAAAGCUCUCUUCAGGUGCCUCAGUCCUCACAUCUGCAGGCGAGAUAUUUGUCAGGGGAGAGGGGUGGAGGAAGGAAAGGUUUCCUCAGUGAAUUCCUCGACAACUUGAAGCAGGAGAUGAGCAAAAACAAGGAAAUGAAAGAAAACAUCAAAAAGUUCCGGGAGGAGGCCAAGAAACUUGAGGAAUCGGACGCACUGAGGCAGGCGCGCAGGAAAUAUAAAACAAUAGAGUCCGAAACAGUAAAGACUUCUGAAGUUCUCAAAAAGAAAUUGGAAACAUUCUCAGACACAGUAAAGGAGGGGCUGGAGGAGGUCACACGUACAGAAUUUGGAAAGAAGAUAAAAGAGGGAAUGGAGGAGGCUGCCAAAACAGCAAAGACCUCAGCAGAGAGUGUCUCAAAGAGUGGAGAGAUGUUGGGAAAGACUGGUGCAUUUAAAGCUAUAUCACAGGGUAUGGAAAGUGUAAAAAAAGAGAUAGGAGACCUCGGCCACACUGGACCGUAUCGGCCUCCUGCUCGACUCAGGAAGAGAAGUGAAUUCUCCUCAAAGGGAACCUCAGAUGGCAACAAGGUCUUUGAAGCCAACGAGGAAGCCAUGGGUAUGGUGCUCCACAAGGACUCCAAAUGGUACCAGCAGUGGAAAGACUUUAAAGACAAUAACGUUGUCUUCAAUAGGUUCUUUGAAAUGAAGAUGAAGUAUGAUGAGAGUGACAACGCUUUCAUCAGAGCAUCACGGGCCGUCACUGACAAAAUGACCGACCUCAUAGGUGGACUGUUUUCCAAGACUGAAAUGUCUGAGGUACUGACGGAGAUUCUGAAGGCGGAUCCAACCUUUGAUAAAGAUUCCUUCCUCAAACAGUGUGAACAUGACAUCAUCCCCAAUAUUUUGGAGGCAAUGAUCAGAGGGGAGCUGGAGGUGUUGAAAGACUGGUGUUAUGAAGCGACAUACAGUCAACUAGCACACCCAAUCCAGCAAGCCAAGGCCAUGGGAUUUCAGUUUCACUCAAAGAUCCUGGACAUUGACAGUAUUGAUCUGGCCAUGGGUAAGAUGAUGGACCAGGGACCAGUAUUGAUUAUCACCUUUCAAGCUCAGUUAGUGAUGGUAAUACGAAACACCAAAGGAGAGGUGGUGGAAGGUGACCCGGAUAAAGUACUGAAGAUGAUGUACGUGUGGGCCCUCUGUCGAGACCAAGAGGAACUCAACCCGCAUGCUGCUUGGAGACUUCUUGACAUUUCUGCCUCAAGCACCGAACAGAUCCUUUGAGACUCUUUUAUACCCACACAAGUAACACUUUCUCUACCGGAGGAGAACAUCCUCAACCUAAACACUGUGUAGUCAGACAGAGAGGAAACAUGAUAAAGAGGGCUCACUGCAGAGAAGGUUUCUGCUUCAUUACAGUGUCUUUUUCAUGUCUCUCUUAAGAGGGCGAUAGAGUACUACUCAUGUACCUGAGGCAAAUCUAUAAAGUUCUGGAUGCAUCACGCCCUUAUCUAUAUUUGGAAAAGAUCAGUUUAGAUGGGAAAUUAUUUUGAAGAACAAGACAAAAAAGUGCACCACUUGCUCUCCAAAUUAUUAUUUUUUUUCUACUGAAGUUGUAUAAUACUCAUCCAGUAGAAUUGUCCACCUGUCAAAACAGUCUAUAUUCAUGGUAAAAAUAAGACCUAAACACACACACAUUCUGAGGCAUAUUUGAAAAUAAAUGAUAUGUUGAUAAGAAUCAAAUAUACUUUCCUACCGUUUUUAAUAGUUCUCUCUCUGGGUGAUGAUCUGCACAAGAGUAAUUAUUUUUUGAUUAAAAUUCCAUCAAAAUUGUGACAGCUGAUGUUUUUCUUCAUUUUGGAGCUAAUUGCUAAGUUGCAGAGUGAAGUUAUCAGAACUUCAUCAGUCAUUCACAAUGAAAAUUGUGCAUGGCAAUAAAUCGUGAUAAAUGUUACCAUAUUUUUAGUUGAUCUGUUUUUACUUGAAAUGUGAUGUACUGUAUAUUAGAAUUGGCUUGACUAGGCAUAGAAUGUCUUCCCUCUAUUACAAUUAUGGGAUGGCAGUUUAUACUGAAAGGCGCCAUUAUGUAUGCUGUUCAUUGUUCUUCAACUAAAAGAGGUGUUAAAGACUAAAUGUUUUUCGGUGUAGCAUUGCAAACACCCCGUCAAUGUUGUCUAAAGAUUGUCUAAAGGUCAUACAAGAUGAGUUUCAGUGCUGAACCACCUUGAAAAUGUCCAACAAUUCUUAGCUUCUUAUUCCAACUAUCAUUCCCAUACCUCCAAAUAUUACGUGUUUGCAUUCACAGAAGAGUGGGUGAGCGUCCCCCUGGAAAACUGUGCUGUUCUUUAUUCAGACUGUGAGCCUACUUUGCUGCGUGUCUUUGAUCAGUAUAGGUGCACAUGGCUCAUACCGCAAUACUUCAACACUUGUGGCAGCCGUGUACAGAUGGUAGCUCGCAGAACACGGCGCAAUGUUUCAUGCAUUUGCAGCAUCCCAUUUCAAUCGGCAGGAUUGAUUACAGAAGCUCUGAGUGUGAAUUUUGGUGAGUGGCUUUGAACAGACCCGCAUGCUUGCUUAUACAGCUCUGUAUGGUCGUGCGUGGGUAGCCCAGCAGUUUCUCUGCUCCCAACACUGUCCCCUCAUGAUGGAUCCUCCUUGUUGCUGAGCUGUGCUGAGGUUGCAUCUCCUCCAAUGUAGUACUCAUCGCUCUAAAUGCACCCCCACAAUCUCCACACACGGAUAUUCACCGAAGCCACCCUGGAGGAUGCAUACAUAGGGGACUGGUCAACUGGAUCUGAUUAGAGACACACUGAGCCAGAAACUAGCUGACACAAGUGUGGGUGUGUGUGCGUAGAUCUGUGUCUGUGUGUGUACCAGCACAUCUUCCUGAUGAUGUGGUAAACCCUAAGGGAAC